AUGGACACUGGAAUAACUGACAGUCAGAAGAAAGAUAUCCAGGCGACUAGUCAUACUUCAAUUUCAAUAAGAUGUAAACAUACUACAACAUUCCAACAUGUAAUCGGUGGAUCAUGGAUGUUUAAAAUGAUUUCACAUCAUCCAAACAAUACUAUUAUUACUAUUAUUUAUAAUUAUAAUUAUAAUACGUGUAGUAAAGUUUCGAAAUCUGGUGUAUCGAUCAUUCUUAUGUGUAAAAAUAGACGGUCUCAACUUUAUGUCACCUUAUCCACUGGAAUACCACUGCUACAAAGAGAGCAAUUACGCUUUCGUAUAUUUAAUAUUGAACUCAUUGAACAUGGUUUGUUUAAUCGAGAUUUAGCACCGUUAGAUGGUCGUAUUCCAUAUGGUUGUGAUGAGCAAGUGAAACAGAUGGCAGUACAUUUCAGAGUUGGCAAAAAUACAGAAGAUUUUACACUGAUAUAUCCAGAAUACAUUGGCGGGAUAUUGAAAAUUUCAAAUGAACACUGUGUCUGA